AGGAGCGGAAUCGUGGCUCUGUUAGCAUCAGAGCUAGCAGACUGGUAGGGGAAGGCGUCCUGCGCACUGUAGGCAGAAAGAAAUCGGCGACUUCAGAUAUCCUCAGCUAAUCCUUGAGCUAACCAUUAUCCCUCCAUGCUGUCCGGGAAAGGAAGAUAACGAUAAUAACCCUGCACUGCCACCUCGAUUAGCUAGCAAGACAGAAAGGGAACUGCGUUUUGCUGUGAGGAGUCUUCCUUUCUGCCAGAAUCACUUUACUGUUUUGAUUAUAGCUGACACCUCGACUAACCUCAGUUCUUGUAAGAAUGAGGUUGCCGAGUAACAGACAGUGUGCGAUGGAAGGAGAUGGGAAGAAGAUGGACCAGUUUCCGUUCAGAAACCCUUUUGUGCACGUCUUGAAAUUCACCCCUCUGGAAAAGGCAAAGAUUGCAUUAAUGACGGUCACACUGUUCCCCAUUCGUCUGCUCAUGGCUGCGUUCAUGAUGCUGCUGGCUUGGCCUUUUGCCUUCCUGGCCUCAGUGGGCCGAUCAGAGACCACCGUCGAACCCCAGUGCCUCUGGAGGAGACUGGUGGACAUAAUUCUGAAGAUCAUCAUGCGGGUCAUGUGGUUUGCCGGAGGUUUCCAUUGGAUAACUGUGAAAGGGCGAAGGGCACUGCCUGCAGAAGCACCCAUCCUCACCCUGGCACCCCACUCUUCAUACUUUGAUGCCAUCCCAGUCACGAUGACAAUGGCCUCCAUUGUCAUGAAGGCUGAGAGCAAGGAUAUACCCCUCUGGGGCACUUUGAUUAAGUACAUCAGGCCAGUGUUUGUAUCACGGUCAGACCAGGACUCCAGAAAGAAGACUGUGGAAGAGAUCAAACGCAGAGCCCACUCUGGAGGGGAAUGGCCUCAGAUCAUGAUCUUUCCAGAGGGAACAUGCACCAAUAGAUCCUGCCUAAUCACCUUUAAGCCAGGGGCCUUCAUUCCAACUGUACCAGUGCAGCCUGUGGUGAUUCGUUACCCUAAUAAACUGGACACAAUCACAUGGACGUGGCAAGGGCCCGGAGCGUUUGAAAUCUUGUGGCUUACACUCUGCCAGUUGCACAAUGAGUUUGUGAUCGAGUUCCUUCCUAUUUACACACCCUCAGAGGAGGAGAAAAAGAACCCUGCUCUCUUUGCUAUCAAUGUGAGACGCAUCAUGGCUAAAGCCCUGGGGGUACCCAUCACAGACUAUUCAUUUGAAGACUGCCAGUUGGCUAUGGCAGAAGGCCAGCUGAGACUGCCAGUCGACACCUGUCUGCUGGAGUAUGCCAAACUCGUCAGGAGACUAGGGUUGAAACCCCGGAACACUGAGAAGGUUCUGCAGGAGCAUGGAAACAGAGCCAGGAAGCUGCAGGGACAGAAGCUUGACUUGGACGACUUUGCUCAAUUCCUCGACGUGCCAGUUUCAGACAUGCUGCGAGACAUGUUCGCUCUUUUUGAUGAGCAUGAAGAUAACCGCAUGGAUAUCAGAGAAUAUGUGAUAGCCUUAUCUGUCGUAUGCAGACCUGCCAAAACUCUGGAAACGAUGAAAUUGGCCUUCAAGAUGUUUGAGGCAGAGGAGGACGGUGCCAUCACAGAGAUGGAGUUGGCUGUUAUUCUGAAGACUGCUUUAGGAGUGACUCACCUCAGCGUGUCACGUCUGUUUACUGCCAUCGACGCUGAAGACACAGGGAAGAUCACAUUUGACAAGUUCAGAAGCUUUGUGGAGCAGCACCCAGACUUUUCUGAGGAGUACCUGUGCACAGAAAACGCAGGCCUCCACAGCAGUCCCUGCCACGGUCACCAAACAAAGCCCAGCCUGGCUACCCCGAACCUGCAAGGCACUGCCACCACCAAAACAGCCAACGGUAUCUGCCCCGACUUCAGCCCCAAUGACCAUGGCGCAGUAGAUGGACUCCUCAAGAAACACAACUAAAAGGGUUUAAAAAUGUAGUGGGAGAAAACUAACACCUCUCCUGGUGAGAGGGUGUUGUGGUUGGGGGGUUGGAGGUUGGUUACUUGUUAGUAACUUGUUGGAAUUAUAAGGGACUACAUUUCAGUAAAUAUAACUACAAAAAUGAAUAAGUUUACCUAACCCUUUUUUUAUUCGUAUUGUGUCCAUGAAAUUCCUGAGGUUAUUUUCAGCCUGCUAACAGUUUAUUUUGUUAUAAAUUCCUUUUUCUUUUUUUUUUUUUCAUAGCAAAAAUCAUCAAAAUGCCAAACACUGGCUUUUUCAGAUUCAAUACUUGAAGGGCAAGCACUUAUAAAAAGUCCUGGGGCAAAUGUUUAUUUGAAUUGCUUUUCUUUUCCCUCCAACAUAGUACUAACUGUGCAUGUUUUUUACAUGAGGGAAGCAAGAAAAAACAGUGAAGACACCUAAUUCUUAGUGAAGUCAGUGUUUGAUUCUCUUUUAUUUGUUAACUUUUAUGUGUUUUCUUUCUUUAAAUGGUAGCUGCCUUUUUUUAACUGAAAGUGCAGAAUGCAUUGGCUCAUGUCAUUUUGAGCAGUGUUGAGGAUUAUUUAUCUAAAGAAGGAAGGCCUGAGGGUGCCAGUGACAAUUGCGUGACUACUAGCUUAGCUACAGUAGCCACAUUUGAGGUGAACUCAGGUGUCUGUGAGUUAUAAUUGCUAUGAGCCUGAUACACAUAUAUGAAUAUAAAGAUAUUUGAUUUAGCUCAGGGUUCAGUGACAAAAAUGAAAAAUUUAAAUUGUAUGAUGUCAUCAUUUUUGACGCUCACUGGGUUAUGUGCAUGUCUUUUUUUCUUUCUUUUUUUUUUCUUAUGACAUCAGUACUCUUCUGCCCAGUUAUUCCUAAUUCACAUUCACUUCACCAAUGUUAUUUCUUUCAGGUUGGCAAAUUCAAGUGUCUUUUUUUUAUUGUUGAAAUUACUAAAUGUGGACCAAAAAUGCAUUGGGUGGUUUAAUGUCACCUGUCAUGUUUGUACUGUCAGUAGUGUAAUGGCUGUAAAGGAUGGGAAAUUCACAAUGUGUGGCCAUUGAAAGCACAUUCAGUUAGCUGGCUUUGUUGGAUAUUCUAAAGGCGAGGUCAUACCACUUCCCUUUCUGUGUUACACUGUUACAUUUUUAAUUAUUCCUACAUUUUCCACAGCAUCAGGCUGUCUGAAAUCCCUACUGUUGCAGUAUACGUGUAGGAAGGAUAUAAUACUUAAACAUUGGCCCCCUCCCCUAAUCACAGGUAAAAUUAACCUUCGUGCUAUGUUUCAGAUGUGCAUGGGAGAAAGUAUGUACUGUUUUUAUUCACCAAACAGUCAUGUUUUUAAAAUGAUCCACCUUUGAAACUGAUGCAGCUGUUGGCCAUAAAAUGUGUUUAAAAUGAUUAAACACAUUUUCUAUAAAAUCAAAUUAAAAUGAAGGAAUAUUUAAGAUAAAUGUUAUUUAAAAUCAGGCAAAUAAUUGAGAUAUUCAUUAGUCCUUUGUGGCUUUUAAAUUAUUUAUUUUAGGAAAUUGUUACAUUGAUUGAUACUGGAAAGAAAGUUGUAUUAAGACUUGGGAGGACGUAUUGUGUCCAGUACAGUAGUGUUUCUUUUUUUGUCUGAUUUUAAUUUAAGAAACUUAAUCUAAAAUUACAAUCAACUUUUGGAUGUGUUGACAACAAUGUUUUACACACAGAGAUGCUCAUUCAAUCAUUUGACAACAAUUUUAUUGGCUGGUUUGAGUCUUUCUGUUUCUGGAAACACACAACAUAACCUAACGCUUAAAAAGCACACACACAAAAAAUGAAAGUUAAAUUAAGCUGCACAGUGCUUUACAUCAUGUAAUUUUAUAGGACAGCUAAUUGUUAAAGGGAAUACCUGUCCUGAUCUCCAGAUGAAAUGUAAUGUAUAAGAAUCUGUAGCCAGUUAUACUUGGGAUCUCUGCGUUCAUGGUUUGGUUCUGUUGAUUUUUGGUUAUGGAUAUUACAUAGGGAUUUACAACUAAAGUGUUGUUUUUUUAUUCUAAGUUUCUUUCAGUGAGCCUUGCAUUCCCACCACAGUCAUGACCAUGCAAACUGUAUCGCCGUUAUAGCUUUCAGUGAAGCAAUAUUUCACAUCUCUUAAGCCUUCUUAAGAAGUAUGUAUUUUGAAUAUUCCAAAUGCAGGACAUUUUGUGAAUUUUUGAUAUACGUAUAUGAAUGAUUUUUAUUUUCACUGCCAUGACAAAGAUCUGUGAUCUUCUCUCCUCUGCAGAUUGUAUUGAUGGUGAAAAAUGAGCCGCAUUUUUUUUCUUUGUAUAAUACUGCAAUUGUUUUGUGCUGUAUUCCUCCUAAACAGUGAAAAGUUUUAUUGUUGUUAUAUUAUUACCGUUAUCGCUGAGAUGAGAUGGCUUAGAAACAAAAUGCAGAUUUCUUAUGGAAACCGAUAGCCUUGAAUCUAUAGAAUUUUUAUGCUAAAAAAGAGAAUGUAUAGACAAUCUUGUCACAAUCAGAAGCUACUCAAAGCGCUGAUCUCCAGUGGACAUUUUACAAAGAAAUCAUGGUUUUCAAAUGUACUUGUUUUUGUCCCAUUUGAACCUUCUCUCCAUUGACUUUUUUAUGUUACAUGUUUAAGGUGUGCUGGUUGAUAUAGUCAAACGUGUGAGUGCAUAUGGCCUUGAGGUAUCUGCCACCACAUGACGGGCCGCACCGCACAAACAGUGCAGACGCACAUAUAAACUAACAUGAUAUGUUAAAUCACAAUCUUUUAGUAUUCCCUCCCCUUAAAUUUUUUUUAAAUGAUACGUAUUUGUGCUUGCACUUUAGAUUAUUUUCUUUAAUUUUUGAAGAAAUAUCACAUUGCUGUAAAGCAUGAUGAGUUUGUAGGUUACAGUAUUGUAGCUCAGUUUUGUUAAUAUGAAUAGGUUUGCAUUUGUGAACUUACUGCAGUAAUGGGAGGAUAUUUGGGAUUACACAUUAAAGGAAGCUGCCCCUUGCCCCACAUUUGUUUUUGUACUGUAAGAAAAAGCUUGCUUAGUGUAAACCCUGUUGUUUUUAGACUUACUUUUCGGCUUUGUCUCAGGAUUGUGGAAAUUGCGUAUGUUGAAAUUAUUUUGUAAACGUGCAGGACAACGUACAGAUUUGAAUGACCUAAAUAGUUUGCACAGUGGAAUGGAUAAGUAUUACUCCUAAGUGUUGUGAUUUUACAACAGGUGGUUAAAUAUGCAGAUCACUCUGUAUGCACGAGGGGAAACCAUACAGGGUUUUUUUCAAAAUCUGAUUGUGAACUACAAGUGAAACAAAGAAUUGAUAUUCAAAAACUGACUCAGAAUGAAAUGUUAUUGAGCCACUGUAACUCAUCAUGCAGUUUUGUUGAAACCGAAAUGUCCAUGUGAAGGUCUAAUGGAUGUUAAAGUUCAUCAGCAAGUCAAGUAUGUACAUUAAUAUAUAAUCAUCAUUUACAUUCAGAACAAUUCCACACUGGGGCUGUAUGGAAAUACUGUGCUCAUUUUUUUUCCCACACUUGUUUCACUUUCCUUUCCUUUAAAUACCUCUGUAGAGGUGAAUCUCAUUUUCCUACUUGCUGUCAGUCUGAGAAAAUGUAAACAUGCAAGAGAUAAACUUGUAUUUAUGCUACUGCUGCCUGCUUACAACAGUUUGUCCAGCAGUGAGCCUAAGACGAAAGACUUGUGUACUCUGACAGAGCGAUAGUGUCUUUCUGAUGGCUCAUUGUCUGUGGACCAAGAAACUGAGCUCUGUUUUCUCUGUGGCUUUACUUCAUGUCUUUUUCUAUACUCAACAGGUUUUAUUUUAUUAAUGCAUUUUGAUGAUGAAGAGUCAUUACCGCAAGCUACUUUGAAUUUGUCUGUUCAGGACUGCUAUGAUAUAACUUGUUAAUGUGACUCUUGGAUUGAAUAAAAAAAAGAAAUGUAAACAGGCA